AUGCGUCUCACAGGUGCUCUCGCUCUGCUGUUGGCCGUUGCCACAGCCUCCCCUGUUGCAGUCGCCGACAUUGGAUCCAAGGACGUCAAGGAGAUCAACGGUCUCCCUGUUGUUAGCGUCGAAGCUCUACAGUCCAUCGAGGCUCGCGAUGCCCUCAUCACCAAAGACGUUAUUGCUGCAGGCAAGGCCGAUGUUCCCGUGGAGAACUCUCUCCAAGCUAGAGUCUGGCCUGCCUCUCACCAGAGCGACCACUUCAGGGCCGGAAACGGAUGGGCCAACAGAGUCAAGACUCGCAUCAUCGUCAGCGGAGUUCACCUCGUAGUCACUGCUUGGUUCAACGACAUCCACACCAUGUUUGUGCAAUUUGAGCCGGAUUUCCCCAGUGCUCCCAACUUCUUGAUGGCUGGUCUUGAGGAUCUCGCUACCGGCUUUCUCCGACAGCCUUGGAGAAUCGCCUGGGAUAGCAUCUACAGCCUCACUACUAGGGGCGGUGAGACCUUGCAGUUCGACAACCAGUUUGUCAUGUGGUGGAAGUGA